CUACACCACCACCACCACCACCACUACUAUCACCGCUCUCUCUCUGCCAUUCCGAGGAGAGUAGUUACCUCCAAUACCUUCAACAGAGCCAGGACUGUUGGGAUAUACCUGAGAUAGCCACCAUGUUCUCCCGCAGAACCCUCCCUGCGCUGAGGACGCUGCGAGCCCAGACUCCUCUCACCACCCUCAACCGCCCCUUCUCCUCCCUCCUAACCUCCCGCCCCUCUCUCCCGACCACCACCAUCACACUCACAUCCACACUCUCGCCAUUACUAUCACCACUUACAUCCACCUUGCAAUCCCCGAUCCAGAGCCAACUCCAGUCCCGGCAAUUCUCAGCAAGUGCCUCACUCGCUGGAAAGCGAAUCACCUUCAACCCCUCGCGGAGGGUACAGAAGCGGCGUCAUGGGUUCCUGGCGAGACUGCGCACGCGUGGGGGGAGGAAGAUUUUGAUGCGGAGGAGGCAGAGGGGGAAGAAGGCGUUGAGUUGGUAAUCACUUCCUGGGGAAUGUGUUGAUGGUGAUUGUGGACGAUACGUUAUGCGGAAUCAGGGAUAGGUCUCAUGUAUCAUAACCAUUCUAGUCAUGUUAUGUUUUAUUACUUUAUUCUCUCGAUGUAUACCACGGUACAUCUAUUUUCCAGCCACCGCUAUCUAUAUAGGCCAUAGACAUACAUUACUCCUCUUCAC